GCUGCUGCUUGAUGAAUGAUGAUGAUAUCAGAUUUUGAUUUUAUAUAUACAAAAUUUAUGUAGAUUAUUAUUUCCUAUUCAUAUAUUCUCUUUUAACCUAUUUACUAUUUGUUUAACUCAGUAUAAAGUGUUUCUUCAUCCCUCCCUAGACACAUCUCCCCCCUUGUACCUGAUAAGCCAUGUCGCAUCCUGCAGCCAGUAUCAAGUCAAUCUUUAGUGGGAAGGUUAAUCUUGACACCCCUGAUGAUUUAGAUCCUUUUGAAUACGCCAAUUCAGGUAACAAUACUAGUUUUGAUACUUAUGAUGAUAGUGAGGAUAUCAAUGUUGGUGAUACCGAUGUUGGAGAUCGCCAACAACAACCGCAACAACGUCAGUAUGACGAUCCUUUAUUCAAUUCAAGUAAUUCUAACGAUUACAACAACAAUGAUAAUAAUAUAAUAUAUGCUGAUCAUAAUUCGACUACCAUUAGUAAUAAAGCCAAUCCACGUACUCAACAUCAUCAUCAACAUCAAUAUAAUCAAUUUGAUUCUGAUUUCACUAAACAAGAUCCUCCAGACUAUGAUGAUGAAGACGUUGAGAUUGAUGAUGAUGGAUCAAGUCGUGAUGGCUCAAACUAUAGUAUCACAUCAAAGAAUUUAAGAACCUUAUCAGAAAGUUAUGCUCCUGGUGAUGUUUAUGAUGAACAAGAAGAAAUCGAUACAGGUAAAAAAUCAUCUCCUAAAGACCCGAGACAUCAACGAUUAAUAAAACCAUUUCCUCAAGUUAAACCAACUACCAAGACUUUUACAAGAAAUAGUGAUACCAAUAUUUCAUCUACUAAUAUAUCUUUAGCAUCAACCGGAAGUGAUUAUCAACGAGAAUAUACUGAUGAAAAUGAAGAUUAUUUAAUGACUCAUGUCAGUAAUGCAAAUAGUGAAAAUAAUAAUCGGAAUAAUAAUUUCUUAAAGACAAAAGAAGAUGAUCUUAAUUUCUCUACUCCUCCUCCAUCUGAUUAUUUACAAACUCCAGAUCCAUUUGCAAGAUCAUUAUCGAGAAAUUCAACUACAUCGUGUUUAUCAACUACUGCUACUAAAGAUGGUAUUGAAGGGAAAAGAUUACAUAGACAUGGCCCAACUACUUAUUCUAGUAAUAUUAUUUCCAAUAUGAUUCACUCUCAACAACAGCAACAACAACAACAACAACAACAAAGAAGUCAACCAUCUGCACCCAUAUCCACUGGAUCCGAUUCAACUGCCUUAAAUAAUAAUUUAAAACAAUAUAAAUCACCUUUAUCAACUUCAAACCCUAAAUCUUCAAUUCCAGAACCAUCGCCAAGUCAAACUCCUAUGAGGGUUUCAACUACAGAUUCAAUAUUACAAGAUAAUGAUCAAAGUGAAUAUUCAAUGUUAACCACUCAAGCUGAAUUAGAUGGUGAACCUGGAUUAGGAGGGGAAAGAUCACAAAGAAUAUUUGAACAUAAUUUACCUAAAGAUUAUAAAAUGCCACCACCUGUAACAUUAAAUGAAAAAAUUAACUUGAUUAAUACAGAUAGUAUAACUGGAAAGAAGUAAGCAAAGUAUGCUGAAUCAAUUAGAAUUGGUUUAUUCCAUCGUUUUGCUUUUUAUUACCGUCAUUAUGCUCUUUCAUUGAGGGAUUGUCUUGUCUUGCCUUGCCUUGCCUUUACCUCGUCUUGUCUUGUUUUGUCUUUGGGAUUGUUUUUGUCUAGUAUAUUGGUUUUGUUUGUUAAUGUAUCCCUCAUUCUUAUUAUUUAUU